GAUUGGCAGCAAUGAAGACCGUUUGUCUGGUUUUGCACGGCAAAUUUCUCGUGUAUCUCUAGCCUUCACGUGUUAAUGCGAACCUCAAGAGGCCGGUUUUUCCUAGGCGCCAGCCAGUCUGUAUACACGCGCCUCUACGCAAAAAUGAAGACGUUUCCAACGAUUCUCGCAUCGCUUGCCUUUACCGCGCUGCUGCAUAUUAAUUCUCAUAAACAGGCCGACGCCAGGCCGUCUGAAGUGAAAAGCCGCAUAUCCAUCUCGGAGAUAAACAGCAACUUUGCAGAAAACGACGAACAUCUCCAGUUGCAAAAAAGAGAGCCUGAUUAUGACUACGAUGGAGAAUUGGAGUCUAUGUAUGACGACUACGAUUUGGAAUCGGACUACUGGGACUCUGAAGAAUCGCCGAAUGUGGACGAAGUGGUGCACGUUACGGCAUCGAUCCGAUCUCAAGACUUACGGCUAGCCGACUUCACGCCUAAUCGAACGCUUAACCUCCGAGCUCCGUCCCGAGAUGCCCCGGAGUACAUGAUGGAACUGUACGAGAAGUUCUCCAAGAACAAGUGGGUACAUCCCAAAUCUAACAUAGUCAGGAGCUUUCAAAACAUCAACGAAGAGAUCCUCAAUCCACUCGUCGGUGAUGAACCAUUAAAGGGAAUGAAGACAAGAGUUCAUACUUUGGUGUUUAAUAUCACAAGUAUCCCCAGCGAUGAAAACAUUGAUCUGGCAAAGAUUCGGCUUUACAAACUCGUCACCAAAGAUCGAAGGACGUAUGUUGGGGUGGACAGGAAAGUAUCUGUAUUCGAAGUGUUUGACGACAAUCCAACAUCGGACCAAUCGACUCAUCGGUUGAUUUCCUCUAAGCACAUAUAUGGUCAUACCAGUGGCUGGGAAUCAUUCGAUGUAACGUCCGCCGUACGCAGAUGGGUUCGUUUCGUAAACUCGGUUCAGAUUUUAGAAGUGCGCAUUGAAACGGUCUUCAAUAAUAACGAGUCCGGUGACAUGGAUAUUGAUACGCGUCAUGAGAAUAAGCGUGACCCACUACUCGUGGUUUUCUCCAGUGAGGCCGAGGCUAAGCUACUGCACGCUAGGGAGUUACAAGAACUGAUAUCACAUGAGACUGAUGUGAACACGAUAUCGCCGUCAGAGAUGUUUGACUUGGGAGAGGGCAAAGCGCCCUUGAAAUUAUCACAUGGAAAUCAUAUGUCAUCAACUAACAUUAAUUUAAACAAAUAUUCCCCAGACGACAGUCAUUUGCUGCAUAGAGUUAAGAGGGCAAAGCGAAACCGAAAGAGCAGAAAAAAUAACAACUGCAGAAGAAAACCUAUGUAUGUCAAUUUCGCUGAAAUCAACUGGAACGAUUGGAUAAUAGCACCAAGAGGAUACCAGGCUUUCGAGUGCACAGGACGAUGUCAUUUUCCACUGAACGACCAUUUAACCCCUACCAAACAUGCUAUUAUACAAGCACUGAUGCACAUCAAGGAUUCCAAAAAGGCGUCACGUGCUUGCUGUGUACCGACAAAGCUGGCUCCAAUGUCUAUGUUAUACAUUGACAAAGGUAAUGCUGUGUUCAAAUAUAAAUACGACGAUAUGAUAGUGGCGAAAUGUGGAUGUCGGUGACCAAUAGCACGUAGCCCAAGGCAGGCCGGAAGAUGAACCAGAGGAGAUCACGUAGCAAGAGUUACCGUUCCUUAAUUCACAGUGACACUCAAAGACGCGCACCUUUGGCCUUCGUCAAUGAACCGGGACUGUUUCAACGAGAGGUUUCCGCGAAGCGCUAAUGGCGUCCACAUUGGAGAUUUUAGAUGAAAGUGGGGCGUAUGGUAUCUUCAGUCAGUCACGUAAUUGUAGCAUGCUUAUCAACAUCAAACUGCCAAGACACUGCAGAAGGCCUAAGACGAAACGUUUAGCCUUGAAGACCUGUGCGGCCUUUCCAUGUGUAAAGCUUUAGCGUGAAAUUGAAGUGACGCCAGGCCGCGGUCUUUCCUUCCUAGAUGCACCUCUUUUAGAAGUCGUAAACUUUACUUUAUGCGGUGUAAAAAUAUAGGAACUAGACUUUUCGUACUUCCUGGUGUUUGGGCUCGUGGUUUCCGUCACAAAGCAUAGAAGAGAAUGCUGGCAUUGCCUAAGUGCAAUUCCUGGGUUACUGGAGCAUUUUCUCACUUGAAAUUCUAGUGUAUUCACUCUAAAACCACGAAGGGUGGCACGAGCGGGACAUGUAUGAUAAUCAUAUCGGUACAUAUAUGAUAAUUAUGUCGGGGGGCGGGCUUAGACAAACAUUAAUUUCAGUGACAGAUCCAUGGCUUGAAAACCUUGGCUAACUUAUAACGUAAUAUAUUUGACUUAUUUGUUUGGAACAACAAUUUUUCCUUAGUUUUGUAUACAUACAUCUGGGUAAAUAUUUGUACCGUUGCACUUUUUGGCAUGCACAUAGUGAAUGGUAUUCUUCACGAGUGAUGUUGUGCAUAUAGGUCUAUUAUAUGGCACCACAUUUCUUAUGUCUUUGGCAAUAUUCCAUUCAGAAGAAUGGCUGUGGAACGAAGGUGGAACAGCGGUGAAGGGAGAUUUUCAGGAGAUGAAUUAUGAAAAAUAAAGAUAAAAUUCUAAAAGAAAUUCUGAUAUAAUUAAACUUGAUUCUGAUAAAUAUUUCUCGUAGAUAUACUAUAACUGCAUUUAGCUACAGCACGAUAUUAUUGAAAUUCACCAGUAACUGAAAACUUGCUCAUAAUUAUUACCAUGACAACCAGUAAGAGUUUUUGCUGGACACAUAAAUAGUGAGCUGUAUUCAUUGUUGGAAAUUUUGCCUUUAAAAGCUUUACCAAGAUAAGGUUGACAAGUGAAGGGUUAAAGCUUAUUGUGCUUCAAACUGGAUAGAAUUAUGGGAAGCAGGACUUAACGAUAAAAUACCGUGUGCCUGAUAAGUCACCGGGCUGGAAAUUUCGUGGAAUAUGGGCGUUUCUCGAAGUCUAUAUUCUACGGUGAAAAGCCAUCAUGAGUUUAAGAAGUGACGUUUCAGUAGUGAUUCAACAUCAUAGUGGAAAUGCUAGGACACCAUCUUGAAUCUAAGACGCUGAAAGUCAGUUUGCAAAUAUUUUGAUGUUUAUUACAUGCAUAGUAGUUGCGAUAUGAGCGAAAUAUUGGCAUAUAAUAUGAGAAAUAUAUAUAACUGAGAAAUGAGCUUAAAACAUUUGGGAUUAUAAUUCAUUUACUUGUGGUUAAGCUAUAAAUGUGUUUAUAGUGUUGUGAAUUGUUGUCCUGGUUAAAUAAAUGACUAAUUAACAUUAAAUAAUAAUUAUACUUUUGUAAUCCCUUUUUGUAGUAAAUGUACUAAUAAACUGUUAAGCAAUAAACAGUAACUACCUCAAUGAAUGUUGGCUAAAACUAUUUGUAUCCACAGUAGGAACUCUUCAGUUAUGGAAUUACAUGUGUAAAUUGGGUUUCUCAGCAGUGGGUUAUCAAUAUAUCA